CCAGCAGCCCCGCGACCUUGCUCAGUUAGGACCCAUUUCUAGGGAAACUAAAUUCGAGCCUUCGCGUCCUCCUCCGGCGCAGUGAAGGAACACGCUGGGAGAGCAGAGGACGAAUUUCCAGACACCUCAAACCCUAGCCCCAGACGCCACAGGACCGUGGUCCAAAGGAUUUUAGAAAUGGCUACUCCCCAGUCAGUUUUCGUCUUUGCGAUCUGCAUUUUAAUGAUAACGGAAUUAAUUUUGGCAUCAAAAAGUUACUAUGAUAUCUUAGGUGUGCCAAAAUCAGCAUCAGAGCGCCAAAUCAAGAAAGCUUUUCACAAGUUGGCCAUGAAGUACCAUCCUGACAAAAAUAAGAGCCCUGAUGCUGAAGCAAAAUUCAGAGAGAUUGCAGAAGCAUAUGAAACACUCUCAGAUGCUAGUAGGCGAAAAGAGUAUGAUACACUUGGACACAGUGCUUUUACUAAUGGUAAAGGACAAAGAGGUAAUGGAAGUCCUUUUGAGCAAUCAUUUAACUUCAAUUUUGAUGACUUAUUUAAAGACUUUGGGUUUUUUGGUCAAAACCAAAACACUCGGUCCAAGAAGCAUUUUGAGAAUCACUUCCAGACACGCCAGGAUGGUUCCAGUAGACAAAGACAUCAUUUCCAGGAGUUUUCUUUUGGAGGUGGACUGUUUGAUGACAUGUUUGAAGAUAUGGAGAAAAUGUUUUCUUUUAGUGGUUUUGACACCACCAAUCGGCAUACAGUACAGACUGAAAAUAGAUUCCACGGAUCUAGCAAGCACUGCAGGACUGUGACUCAACGAAGAGGAAAUAUGGUUACUACAUACACUGACUGUUCAGGACAGUAGUUCACUAUUUUUCUGUUCUCACUAAAGCCAACUAUUUGACUUUUCUUCAAUACCCUUUGAUGCGAAACAAUUUUCUGUGAACUAUUUUGACAAAUGCAUGAUUUCACUUAACUUGAUAUAGAUAUUAAAUGUAUUUAAAUGUUUUUGACAAAUUCAGCAACACCCAGUAGAAAAUAGCUAAUUAUUAAUUUCCCUGAUAGGAAAGAUUCUUCAACAAAGAUAUUAUAAUUCUGCCUGGUCUUUUUUCUCUACUUGCCCUCGGGCUUACUUGCGUGGCCAGUUUUAUUACCAAGAAAAGAUUGAGUUUGCCUGAUAUAUAUUUAAAGGUUAAACUUUGAAACUUAUUGUAGAUUUAAAUUGUGUGAACUUGAAUGGUUUUUGCAGUGAAACCUUUGCUAAUUUAAAAUUGCAUGCUCUACAGCAUCUCUGAUUUGGGUUGCUAAAUGUACACGAAACUGUAAUUGAGUCAUUCAGCAAAGGAUAGCAGUAUCUUUCCACUGAAAACUUUAGAAAGUAAAUAGAUUAAUAUUUACCACAGAACCGUACCUUUCUGCAGUAAAAUUGGAGUAAGUGAAAUGAUCAUACUGCUCAUAGCCAUUUGGCUGAAAGAAAGUUGAAAACUUUUGAAAUAUUACCAAGAGAUUGUUACAUGCUUGGUCCCUGGCUAAUGAUUUUGUAGUGUAGAAAUCAUAGCUAAUUUAUAUAUCAUUUCACAUUUCUUUCUUUCUUGUUGGCUCUCUAAGUCUUAUAUGGAUUUAUGUAUUUUGUGUGUGUGUGUGGUUCCUCUUUGCACUCAUCUUUAUCUAGAGAUUGACUAAUACCUCAUUCUGUUUGUAAAAACAGCCAGUAAUUUCUGUGUAACCUUAUUAUGUGCAAUAUUUUUAAAUCCUAAGAAAUGUGUGCUUUUGUUUUCAUAUAGACUUAUUUCUUUAGUUCAGCACUUUUUGCAUUAUACUCCAUAUGAGUAUUAAUCCUAUGGAUACAUAUUAAAACUAGUAAAGUCUCAUACAACAUUGUGUGUGAGUGAGAGAAAUAUAAUAUUUACAAUAUGAUGUUCUCGGUUUUCAUUUUAUUGUUAAAAGUUUAUUCUGUAAUUCUAGAGCUAUGGAGGGUAUAUAAACAAUGGGGCUGCUUAUGCUGACCAUAGACCAUAUUCCAGAAGUUACUUUUGAUUAACCUGAAAACCCUGAUACAGCCUUGUUUGUUUGACAUUUGGUAAUUUCUCUUACUUUCUUAUCAUCCUCUUCCCUCAAAAUUUUGGUAGCUUAAAGAUUUUGUUAAUUAUAAUUUUGUUGUAUUUGCUUGCUAAGAGCAAGUAUUCUUUCCUCUUUUAGGCCUCAUUGGGGAAAAGGUGAGACAUUGCAUAAAGCUAUAUUUGUUGAUUAUAAUCUUUAAUUUGAAAACUCUGAAGGAGAUGAAAUUAUUAAAUCUAUGUAUCUAAAUUAUUUUCUGGAAGGUAUACUUACUGCUUUUGUUUGAUAACCAGAAAAUAGCCAUACCUUGAAUUUUGGUCUAAGGAUAAUCUGAAUCCUAUCAGUAGAAUGAAUGAGGCAAGAAAAAAUAUUUUUCAAGUCAGGAUUAACUUUAUAUUAUUAACAUCUGUCCCCCUUUUCUUUAGGGCCUGAUUAUUCCUUGUUUUUCCCAUUCUGAACAUGUUUUUGAACCCCCCCUUCUCUUCCUCUUUCUUUUUCUCUUUCUCUCUCUUUUUAAAAAAAUCCCCCUUUUGAGUCUUUUGCAUAAUUUUUGCAAGGAAAAAAUGGACCCUGAGUCAUUACGCACUUAAGGUACAAACUAAAUAUUAAAAAGAUACAUAGGUAAUCUAAGGAUAUAUGUGGUGUGUGUACUUGUGUGGCUUGAUGGAUAAGGUACUGGAAAUUAGACCAGUAAUCAAUAUAGAAGUUUCCUCCAUAACUUAUACUUUUUCUUCUGUACUUAAAAAAUGACCAAUGCAAUAAUUUAAUCUAUACUCCCUACAUAAAUCAACUCAUGAAAUCUGUCAGUCUCUUUUUUGCUUCUAGGCAAAACAGUAAUAUAUAUAUAAUAUAUAUAUAACAUAUAUUUAUAUAUAUAAAACAUGACUUUUAGUCUUUGUCUUGAACACAUUUCUGUAAUUCUUCAAGUUUUUUGGAUUGAAUAUGUCUUGAAUUGGAUGCUAUAGGGCAUAUAAUAGACAUGAGAUUUUUUUGGUGCUCUAGAAUUGGUAUAAUUAACUCCUGAUCUGAUGGUUGAUCUUAGACAGUUUUUGUGCUGUGAAUUUCAGUUUCAAUUCUGAGAUUAGUUCUGUGAAAAUUCAGGUUGCCCAAGGACAACUAAAAAUGUGUACAUUCCUGGAGUUGUUACUUUAAUUUUCUGAAAUGGAAGUUUGUUUAGCAAUUAAAAGAACACACUGGGGGGAAAAGAGACCAUUGCCAAACAGAAUAAAGAAGAUACUGGUACCACUAGUAGGUUUCUAAAGUUUUAUAUAUUCAUGUUGAUGCUGGUCCCUUCAAUUCCAGAUGAGAGGUUGAAUGUAAUCACCAGCCAUGAUUGUUUCCCCUCUCUCUUGGUUCCAAUGGCAGAUGAUAUAAGAGUGAAGUCAUAAAAAUGCUUGGAAAACAAGAGGAGUUGUGAGAUAGUCCAGGAAGGUAUAAAGCAGAACGAAUUGGAUUGAGAGAAAAAUCAAAUAAUCACAGCCAAGGUGUCCUGGAGAAGUUUUAAGGCUCAGAUUUGGGUGGGUGGGGAUGGGAGGAGACAAAGAGAAGGAAUGGGCCAAUCCUCAAUCGUGCUAAUUCAUUAAGAAUUGCAUUGGGUUACCCCCCCCCCUUCUUUCUUCCAGCCAAACUGUUACUGAGAUAGCUUUUAGGCUUUACCCUUAGGUAAGAGUUAGGUAAGUCCUAAGGGUAAAGCCUAAGAGAAUAACUCUUCAAAGAUACAGAUUAUUCCUAGGGAGGAUAUUGAGGUGCCAUAGAAAGAAUGUAGGUAAAGUGAAUUUUCACUUGGGGAUGUCGAGGGUGAGUAAUGGCAGCAUUCCAAUCCCAGAGUAAGCCUCCUUACUUGGGCUUGUGUAGGGAACAAUGACUUCUGCAUGCCGACCACAUACUCACUUGUAGGUCCCUGCUGGUUGAAAUGUCCUAACAACUUAACACAGAACCAUAGCUUCUGUUCAAAAUGGAUGUCUAAUGCAGGCAUAGGUAAUUGCUGAGGAAAUUUGCUUUUCACAGCAUCUGCAUUUUGAUGUAAUCCUUCAUAAAAGAUGCUUAAGGAAUAUCAGAUAUUUAAAGAAAACUAAUAGCAGGGAAGAGGAACCCCAACAUCCAAUCCCGAUGAAGAAAUAUAAUUCAGGAGAUAAUUACAAUACUAGGAAGUAAUUUAAAAUUUUAUCAUUACCAGACUUUUGAUGAAAUACUGCAUCAGUGAAUCAGGCAUAGGUCCUUGUUUUACCUAAUCUGCUUCUCCAAGAUUUCUUUCCAUCUGAUGAUGGUGUCAGAAAGGGUGGAUGAAGCAAUUUACGUGUACAUCAACUACAACCAAAGUCAGUGAAAGGUAACAGUAGAUACCCAGUACGUAACCCUAUGGCCUCUGACCCUUCUACAAAAUUCAGAUUCUUCUCUUAUCUCAACUUUGCAACUCAAAUUCCUCCUCAACUUUUCUCCAGACCUUGCUCUAUGGUGGAAGUAUCUAGAGAAAAGCAGAAUAUGCCACCUUUUAGGCAUAAGAAUUAUCUUACACAGGUGCCUGGGUGGCUCAGUUGGUUAAGCAACUGCUUUCAGCUCAGGUCAUGAUCCUGGAGUCCCAGGGUUGAGUCCCGCAUCGGGCUCCCUGCUCAGCAGGGAGUCUUAUUCUCACUUCUUGUGCUCUCUCUCUCUCAAGUAAAUUUUAAAAAUCUUAAAAAAAAAAAAAAAAAAGAAUUAUCUUAGGCUGAUUAAUUUUCUAAAAAAAAAAAAAAAAUCCUAGGGAGCCUCUUGGAAAACCAAGGUUGCCUUUUGUAGAAGACAUUUACAUUUGUAAGGAAAAUCUCCAUUUGUAAGAGUGUCUCCCUCUGCACUAGGAGGAGGAGGAUGACUAAAUCUCUAGAAACUGACCAAUGGAGAAGUCAUGGACUUGAACCCCUGUUACAACCUUUACAGUGUGUUACCCAAAACCCUUUCAUAACUGGCUCCCUCAACCCCAACAUCUUUUAUAUUUCCCUAGAGAUGAUAUUUGUGGUGAUAGCUUGAACUAUUUUGGAGAAUUACUUGUGUUUUCCUGGGUAUCUCCAAUGUAUACAGGAGGUAUACAUGUUAUUAAACAUCUGUUUGUUUUUC